UAACUUUGAAUCACCCCCUUAUCGUACUGUACUGUGCCAGAAACCAACCAACAAGAAUAGUGUUGUGAGAAGCUCUUGAGUCCCAAUUCGAAGUAAAAUAAAACAGAAAUAGUCAGUUUUUUCCACGCAAGUUCUGAAAAACAGUGCAGAACACUGGAAACUGGCUCGAGCUUUGGGACAGAGACUGAUCAAACAGAAUCGUUGCUUUCGCGCGUAGUAUUUGCUCGUGAUUCGCUUGUUGAGCUUACCUGGCUAAUCCGUUCCGCCACCGCGUGCUUCGAAACCAGAUUGCCGUGAACGCACACCGAGAAUCCACAUUCGUUGCAAACAAAAAGAAGAAGAGUGGUAUUUGGUAUGCGAAAAUAGAAGAGAAGAUCGAAGCAUAAAAUCGAAAAAGGAAAAUUUCCAGCAAUAUCAAAGUGUAGUAGUAGUAGUGCUAAUCGAAAAUCGUUCUUUGCGAAUUGGCAAUAGAUAGUGCAUUUUCAACCAUAACAGAGCAAUAAAAGAAUACAGCGAAGAUAAGUGAUAAACCAGUGAUAUAAAAAAAACGGCGAAGAAAUUUCACACAGCAAGUGAAACGGUGCCUGCUGCGCAGAGUUCUUUCCUCGUUUCGUUUCGAGCAGAUCGGAAGAGGGUGAAAAUUGACCGACCCGGUUAGUGCGACCGCCCAAUUCUAGGCGUUUUGUGAAGAAAAAAGUCCAAAAACUGCCGCCACGAUAGCUAGAAAUCCACGGAGAAUGUCUACCGCGAUAAUGCACACCGGGGCGUUCUACGACUUUGGAGAUUUUACACUGAAGAAUCAAACAAAUUCCAGGAGCACAGCGCAAAUGACAAUAUCGACCAACAGUAGCAGCACAAACUCCAGCACCAGCAACAGCAGCAGUAGCAGUCCCCUGAUUGGUAGCAACAGCCAUCACGCUACUAGCAGUCAGAUUCUACUUCAGCAGAACAUCAACGUGGCUGUAGCGCACCAGCACCAACAGCAACAGCAGCAGCAACACCACCACCACCAUCAACAGCAGUCCCACCACCAUCAGCAGAGUCACCACAGUCAGCACCAUCAUCCCCAUCACCACAGCAGUCACCAGCAGCAGCACCACCCACAGCAACAGGCCAACGCAAGGCAGUUGUUGCUUCACAAUGCGCUCACCCGGACCACAUCGCACCCGGUGGGAGCGGCGGCGACGGCAGCGUCCUCGGCCACUGCCGCCUCAACGAUGGAAUCGUUGAUGGAGCUGCUGCGGAUGUCCACCGCUGCCAGUGCGGCGCUGGUGCAGUCCUCCAAUGGUGGCAGGAUCGCGGCCGGAAGUGGCAAUAGUGCUGCCGCGGCGGCAGCAGUCGCUGCGCUGGUGUCUUCAUCGACGGCUGGCGGUGGUGGUGGUGGUGCGGGCAAUAGUGCGGGGGUUGGCGGGGGCGGAGGCCACCGAAAGUUGGAACGUACGCAGUCGGAGCCGCUGCCGCAGCAGGUCAAUACCUCGAGAUACAAAACCGAGUUGUGCCGACCGUUCGAGGAAGCGGGUGAGUGUAAGUACGGCGACAAGUGCCAGUUCGCGCACGGCAUGCAGGAACUGCGCAAUCUCCAGCGCCAUCCAAAGUACAAGACCGAGCUGUGCCGUACGUUCCACAGCGUUGGGUUCUGCCCGUAUGGGCCCCGAUGCCACUUCGUCCACAAUGCCGAAGAGGCCCGAAACCACAACCGUUCGGUGGCCGCCUAUCAUGCUCAACUGGCUGCGGCUGCCGCAGCAGCAGCAAACUCCAACGGCCAAAGUCAACAGCAGCAGUCUUCGAAUGCAGUGGCCGCUGCAGCCGCAUUGCAACAAGCGCAACUUCAGCAGACCGCUGCCGCUCUGCUCCAGCAACACCAGCAGCAACAGAAACAGCAUCAGCAGCAACAGCAACAACAGCAGCAGCAUCAACUUCCACUCAGUCCAGCCCUUUCGAUGUCCACCGGUUCGGACCGUGCUUCGCCGAUUGGAUCCCUCUCGUUAUCGCCUACAACCUCAAUGGCCAGCUUCUUCCCCGAACAGGGCAGCCCAACAUUCCCUCCGACGUCGACGUCGUGCACCGUCGGAGGCGCCACCGGUCAGGGUGCAUUCAACUUCCCGGCAUCGCCACCGGCUAGUCCCAUCGAUGGCGGCCACUCACCGAUGACCACUCCUCCGCCACCGUCUCCGUCGCUGGUGAUGGCUUCCUGUCCCAAGGGCCAAGCACCGGGCGGAGUCGGGGUCGAUUCGGUGGAGGCUCGGCUACCGGUGUUCAACCGCCUCAGCUCGACGGUGGACGCUUUUACCAACCUAUUGAUCUAGACCACGUGGGCCUAGGAGACAGAGAGCGAGUGUGUGGUGCGCAUGAUAAUGAUGUGCGUGUGCGAUGCGUUGUGCGUUGUGAUAUAUGUAAUUUUUUUUUGAGUUUUGCUUUAUACACACAUAAGUACCCGAUUGGAAAUGCGAUUUUUUUUGGUAGGAGGAAAAAGUGGAAGGUCGGUAUUGCUGUGUGUGGUUGGGAGCACUGGUCUGUGGUUCUAAUUCCUGUACGCACGCGCACCCACACAGUCACACAUUUUUCUGAAAUAGAGAAAAAGAUUGGAUUGGAUCUGCUAUAAAAACAAAGUCACGCAAGAGCGCAGCACACGCACAAACCUGGACAAAUAAGCAUAUUAUUUACAUGUAUAACAUUUUUUACAUAUACCUUAUAAAUACUGUUAGGGAGAAAGAAGAAAAGGCAGCCUUUUUUAGAGAGCUGCGGUUCUUUUUGGAGUUUUUUUUUUGCUGCGGGAAAAUUUCAAACUAUUUAUUCAAAAGGGCACGAAACACACUCAAACAAACAAACGAAUAUUUAUUUCCACGAAAAAGCACACUCAUGUGUAUACAAUGGCACAAACUCUGAGAAACAAGCUGGAGCAACGCGGAAAUGUAACACCCGACACACUUAUUUAAUUAUUUAUUUUUAUAAUUAUACAAUUUUAUUUAAAAAUCCCUAUUACAAAAAAAUGCGAGGAGUGAACACACAUACACAUGGAUGCACGGAUCACAAAAACACAAAACGUACAACGCAGGCGCGUUUUUUGAUUUAUGUUCUCGAUGCUCGAAGACGAAAUUUAUCGAAAAGUUUCCCACAAAAAAAGGCGGUGAUUUUGUUCAGUGUAGAUUAAGUUGGGUUCUUUUCCUAUCCGUGUAUUUUCUCGGCAAAGGUGUGUUUGUGUGUACCUGUGUUUGAUUUAACCUAAUUAAAGACGAAAAGCACGAAAACAAACGAUUAGCAGUAGCCUUCGUUUAGCUUAUUUUUUGAUGAUAUGUAAAUUUUGAUUAGGUUCGAGAGAUCGACAAUAAGAGAAAGAAACGGUUACAAAAGGUGUUUCCAGUGAGAGGAUUUAUAGAGAAACCAGGACGAAUUUUGAUUUCACAAAAGUUAGUUGAACCAUUUUCUUUUCUUCUCGAUUCGAUUCCAGCAACGACGUAUAAUUUUUGCCCUCGUGUGUUUCACAGAUUGAUUAUUAAUUUAAAUUAAUUAUUAUAUUAUCAUGCUAUCUUUAUUAUUUUUAAUUUAUUUUAUUUAUUUCCACCCUUAU